AUGAGCUUCGGCUACGGUCGCGCGCCCUUCCGGAGAGCCGAGUGCGAGGUGGACCUGUGCCUGACGACCAGCAAUCGCUCCCUCUUGCCCGUGGUGGACUUUGACGCCGUCAUCUUCCACUUCAGGGCGACGGAGAGGCUGCAGAUGCCCAGGAGCAGGUCUCCUCAUCAGCGCUGGAUCUUCGAGGAGGUCGAGUCAUCCUCAUACAUCUACCAAGAUCCUGCCAUCUACAACAGCCUCUUCAACUGGACCAUGACCUACAGGAGGGACUCGGACAUCGUUUAUACGUACGGCCGCGUGUAUCCCUCUCCCUCUCCCUCGCCGGCUCCGAAAGACAAGAAUUUCGCCGAAGGAAAAACCAAGAUGGCGGCCUGGUUCGUGUCCAACUGUUACUCCCAUUCAAAGAGAGAGAGAAUCGUGAAGAGCUUGCAGAGUUACAUCAAGGUGGAUAUUUACGGUAAAUGUGGACCACUGGAAUGCCCCCGUGACAGUACUCGCCAGUGUUACCAGAUGCUCGAGGAAAAUUACAAGUUUUAUUUGUCGUUUGAGAACUCUCUCUGCAAGGAUUACGUCACCGAAAAGCUGUUCUCUGUUCUCAAAUACAAUGUGGUUCCUGUGGUAUACGGCCUCGCAGACUACGCCCUGGUUGCUCCUCCGGGGUCUUACAUCGACGCCUUGAGUUUCCCUUCCGUGGACAGCCUGGCGAAGUACUUGAAAUAUCUCGACGGGAAUGACACAGCUUAUAACGAGUAUUUCAGAUGGAAAGGCCACUACACCAUAGACAACGGCUGGUCCAACACUGCUCAAGGAUUUUGUGAUUUGUGCAAGAAACUUCACCAGGACAGCGAGCCCAAAGUUUAUCGAGAUAUCAAAGACUGGUUUAUGCUGAGUGGCGGAUGCAAGACUUUGAAGAGCAGGUCUUGGCUACCUUGGCUGUAGGAAGGGCUAGGUG